AAAAAAAAAUCCAUAAACCCUUUCACUGAAACCCUUUCAUUCUAAAAACCUUUCUUUUGGUCGAACACCAUGAGUGGCUUCCGAAGCAGCUCCAACUCCAAUUUGGACAACCUCCUCCUGGAGACCAUGAUGGGAAGGCUCCAGCUGCGAGCUCCGAUCAACAACCCCUUGGUCACGCAGUCCCUCGAGGAUUUCCUCUUCAACGACCUCGACGACGAGGACGACGACGACGACGAAGGGAAAUCGGAGCUGAUGAGAGAGGAGGCGAAGCUGGAGAGGGAAGUCAUCAAGAUCAUCCUCCGCGGCGACGGCGAGACCCUGCUCAAACCUAAUUCGGGCCAGGCCGUGUCGGUGCGCGACCACCACAUCUGCGUGGGGUUUCAAGACGAAGAGGCUUCGGGUUACAGGGUGUGGGAGUGGCACGGCCACAUCAUGGCCUUCGAUGAUGAAUUCGGGUACAAUCCGGAGUAUAUAUAUGGGAAUUACUUUCAGUGGUUUAAGCCUAGACCAUCUACUGGUGCUGCUGCUGCUGGUGCUGCUGUUGAGGCUCUUCAGAAGGAGAAUGAGGAGGAGGAAGAGGAAGAGGAAGAGGAGGAGAAACAGGAGAAUCAGGGGUUGAGAGAAUUGAUUGAUACCAAGGAUUCCACUGAGGCUCGGAUUCUUCAUAGGAACAUCAACGCUGCUUCUCCGAGGUACUAGAUAAGAAAUGAUUCUUCAUCGGAAAUUCAAGUUCAGAGGGUUGCGAGCAGAGGUUGUAGUCAGCGUCUCAUUUCAUUUGUUAAGCAAAGAUUGAUUUCCCCUGCUUUUCACAGUUUAAAUCUCAGAAGCCCACUUCCAUGGAUCUGUUUUGAGCAUUAAAUUGCAUACUGUAAAGGAUGUGAUACAUUUCUACAAUAAUACAUUAUCUUUGCUCAGCUUAUUAAUCUUAUAGCAAAUUGUUUCUUUUCCCUUUUGCACUAAA